AUGGGCAGUGCCGGCACACCAACAUGGCUCGACAAGCUCGAGGAGCAGUUAAAUGUGGACGUGGACUGGAUGGACCCCGAACACAUCAAAGGCAUGCCGAUCGUGCCUCACGACCAGACUAGCAAUCAACUUUGGGUUGACAUUCAACUCGGCGAUGAUUCGAACCGGGACCUUUUGCUCGAGACGGCCAAGGAACUCAAGAACGAAGGCUGGCUUGCCAUCUACACUCGCAUGGCUGUUCUGAUGUGCAAGAAGAACAUCGACUCUAUCAGGGGCCGCGUUCUACUCCAGACACUUCCGUCGAAUGCUUUCCGCUUCCAGGAAACCCUCGACCAUGCGCGCCUUUAUGACAAAGAGUUCGCCCGUGCAGGGAUCGGCCGCGACAGAUAUUGCAUCAAGAUUCCCUCGACGGGCCCUGCUUUGAACGCAGCCAAGGUCCUUUCAUCGGAGGGUAUCCCUACACUCGGCACGGCCCUGUUCAGUCUUCCGCAAGCUAUUGCGUGCAGUCAGGCUGGCAUGCUUUACAUCAGCCCCUACUAUAAUGGCAAUUUCAUCACUGUUCAGGAGGCCAUGGCUGCCGGUGAAAUGGGCUGCCACUCGGCGACUAUAUCGCACACGGUCCUGAACGAGCUUGCGAAGCUCCCUUACGUCGCCUCUGAGCAGCCGGGCCCCGAUGUCCCCAAGCCGGCGCACGUCUACAAAGACGCCCCGCCCGUAUCGGACCGCCUCCGCAAGCUUCUCAGCAUCGACCCUCUAGCUGGUCCUGACUGGAAUGGGAAGUUGGCGAGCACAGAUGUGGAUUAUCUCGCUGACGGUGGCGCGCCCCUGCAGAACGCUAUCGAGGCGGACGCCGUGACGAAGAAGAGACUAGCCGAUGCGAUGGCCCUGUUCACAGGCGGGCAGGAGAGGAGCCGUGCUAAGAUUGAGGAGGUGCUUCCGUUGGUCUGA